AUGGUCCGUCAGUUACGCGGUGGCCAGCAGAAUAAUGGACUCAUCCUUGCAAACGGUGGAGUCCUGUCCUACCAACACGCCAUCUGCAUCUCCAAGAACCCCAGAAGAGAUGGAAGCCAGUACCCCGACAGCAGCGUCUUAAAGUCUCAAAUUGACAUGCCGAUCCCCCCAAUUGAUCUCGAGGCAGAAGGAAAAGCUGAGAUUGAGGCCAGGAGCAAGCUCAUCACAACUUCACGCCUGAAUGGAUUUCAUCCUGCUUUCCCUCCGCUAAAACGUGAACUUCAUGCACGUGCCACGGAGUUCCUACAGAAUUAUGAUCCCGACCUCUCUGAUUCGCAACGCACUGUACGCGAGGCGAUUGCCAAGAUCUGCUCUAAUUUCCCUGAAGAAUACUGGGCUCGCAAGGACGAGACGCAUCAAUUUCCCACUGAGCUUCAUAGCGCGCUUGCCAGUCAAGGCUGGCUGGGGAUUUGUCUGCCCCAGCGAUAUGGCGGCUCUGAGCUGGGCAUUUCCGAAGCGGCUAUCAUGAUGCAGACCAUCUCGGAGUCGGGAGCCGGCAUGACAGGAGCCUCAUCAAUUCACAUGAAUAUUUUCGGCCUGGAGCCCGUGGAAAAAUUCGGCACCGACGAGCAGAAGGAGAAGUGGCUUACGCCCUUGAUUGACGGUCGCGAGCGAGCCUGCUUCGGCGUCACCGAGCCCAACACCGGCCUCGACACCCUAAAGCUGCAGUCCACCGCACGACGUGACGGCGAUCGUUACGUUCUCUCCGGCCAGAAAAUAUGGAUCUCUACCGCGCAAAAGGCAGAGAAGAUUCUCAUACUCGUUCGCACUACACCGCUCGACCGAGUCCAGAAACGAUCCCAGGGACUCUCGCUCUUCUACACCGACCUCCAUGUCCCCCAAGUCGAGAUCACCGAGAUUCCCAAAAUGGGACGUGCCGCCGUUGAUACCAAUACGCUCUUUUUUGACGACUGGCCUGUACCCGUGACGGACCGUGUCGGGGAGGAAAACGAGGGUUUCAAGAUGAUCCUCCACGGCAUGAACGCCGAACGAAUCCUCAUCGGUGCCGAGGCACUCGGACUAGGAUUUGCAGCUCUACGUCGAGCUGCCCUUUAUGCGGGGAGAGAGAGGUAUUCGGACGUCCGAUUGGCAAGAAUCAAGGAAUCCAACACCCACUAG